UCAACUUUCAUCUCUACAAAAGGGUCUCAGGAGUUUGUAUAGCUCUACUUUCUUUUUUCUCCUGUAAGAGUUUGGAAAAUCUUCAAUCAAACACUUAAAUAGAAAAAUAAUAAAAUUUAUAAACGAAAUUUGCAGUUUGAUUACCAUCAAGCCAAACCAACCUUCCAUUUCCAUGUACUAACAGCAAACAUCGAAGCAGACCCAGAAUCACAUACUAAAUUCCGGACCACCUGCAACCAGCAAACAGCCACUCUCGCCUCCGUCCCGGCCCGCCACCAUCCGACAACCACCUCCGCAGAGCAGUCGACACAGAAAUCUACACUCUUAAGACUGAAACCCAACCUGAAAGGUGGGGGGGAAGAUGAGAAGGGAAGGAAGCGAGAACCCUCAGGGGAGUCGCCAAAUCUGGUUUGAGCAGAAAAAGAACGAGUAGAUCUACAAAGGGAGACAAAGGAAAUUGCUGUGAGAACCCUCAUUUUUGUGAUGGUGGGCUUGGAAAACGUUGAUUUGAAAGCUAUUAAGUUGGAGAAAGGAUAUGUUGGGGAAGGAGUGCAAGAGGAUAACCGCCUUAAGGCCCAACAAGCGGAGGUUCGGAAGUCUGGCAGUCAAUCUAAAAGAAAAGAAUCUGAAGAAACUAGAAGCUUGAAUGCCUUAAGUAUUGGCCAGAGUAAUUCAAUUGUAUUGGAGCAUGGGCAGCCUCCAGUGGAUGACAGUGGCAUUUCUUUUGCAUCUACAAUAUGUCCAGCACCACUUUGUCGUCAAUUUUGGAAAGCUGGGAAUUAUGAUGACGGGCUCAAUUCCGGGACCACACUUCAAAAUGGCAAGAGUCAUCUCCAUGUCCACCCCAUGUUUCUUCAUUCAAAUGCCACUUCUCAUAAGUGGGCUUUUGGUGCCAUAGCAGAACUGAUUGACAAUGCAGUUGAUGAGUGUCUGAAACCCAGACAAGAUGUGCAUAUCAGGGAACUGGUUGGGACACCUGUCCAGAUCCAAAAUGGGGCCACUUUUGUAAUUGUAGAUAAAACCUUAAAUCCAAGAGAUCAAAGUCCAGCAUUGUUAAUUCAAGAUAAUGGUGGUGGAAUGGAUCCUGAAGCAAUCCGGCGAUGCAUGAGUUUUGGAUUUUCCGAUAAAAAGUCCAAAGCAGCAAUUGGACAAUAUGGUAAUGGCUUCAAGACCAGCACCAUGAGACUUGGGGCAGAUGUUAUUGUCUUCAGCUGCCACUUGGGUGAUAGGGUAAUGACACAAAGCAUUGGUCUCCUCUCUUAUACAUUUUUGGCACAAACAGGGCACGACAGAAUAGUGGUGCCAAUGGUGGAUUAUGAGCUUAACACGAUUACUGGUAAUAUGGAAAUUUCACAUCGGUAUGAUAAAGAAUACUUUAUGUCUAACCUUUCCAUGCUGUUGCAAUGGUCUCCCUAUUCAACAGAAGCUGAGCUGCUGAAACAAUUUGAUGACAUUGGAUCACAUGGCACAAAAGUUGUUAUCUAUAAUUUGUGGUUCAGUGAUGAUGGGAAUGUAGAGCUAGACUUUGAUACAGAUCCCGAGGAUAUUCGUAUUGGUGGGGAUGUAAAAAAAGUACAGGCAAAUCCUGCUUGGAGGACAGUCAAUGAACAACAUAUUGCCAAUCGAUUACAUUAUUCACUCCGUGCAUAUUUGUCCAUAUUGUACCUGAAAAUACCAGAAACUUUCACAAUUGUGCUGCGGGGGCAAUUGGUGGAGCAUCGUAAUCUCGUCCUUGAUCUCAAAUUUCAAGAAUUCAUCGUGUACAGGCCUCAAACUGGUGGAUGUAAAGAGGCUGAAGUCUUAACUACAAUUGGGUUUUUAAAAGAAGCUCCACAUGUCACUGCCCAUGGUUUCAAUAUCUACCACAAGAACCGUCUUAUUCUGCCAUUUUGGCCUGUUGUGAGCUAUGCAGACAGUAGGGGAAGAGGGGUGGUUGGUGUUCUGGAAGCAAAUUUUGUUGAGCCCACUCAUAACAAACAAGAUUUUGAGAGAACUUCCCUGUUUCAGAAGCUUGAAGGUCGAUUGAAGGAGAUGACAUGGGAGUACUGGGAUUACCACUGCGGACUGAUUGGUUACCAGGUCAAGAAAAAGCUUCCACCAAUAGAGCCUCCACAAGAUUCACCCCUUGGCAUGCCAAAUAGUGGUAAAAUGAAGCAUGUCACAUUGAAUCAUGGUAUGCCAAAUGGUGGCAUAACAAAACCUGUCACAUUGAAUCAAAAUCACCAUUCUGUUAGUGUGGAAGCAGCAUCUGCUGCAGGACUAUCAUCAAAGAGGAAGGAGCAUGGUGAUUUAAACAAAUUUGAAAGAAUGAAACGGCAGGCAGGGACAAGGGCAGAUGCUCACAAUUUGGAAAUACAGUCUUUGAGUUCUGCCAAUCAGUUGAUGGAUAAGGAGACUAUGAACUUGAUUCAAGAAAACAAGAAACUUCAUGCAAAAUGCUUGGAACAUGAGAAAAGGAGGGAAGACCUUGAUCUGAAGGUGAGGCAGCUAAGAAGGGAACUAGGAGAUGUUCAACAGGAGUAUGAUCGGCUUAUGGUUGAAUUAACAUCAUUAGACACGGUUGAGGAAGAACAUGUACGUACGUAGAUUUUUUUUGGGUAGCUGGCUUGCUAUUUUCAACCCUCUUAUCGUAGAACACCUUUGUUGUUGUAUCAUAUUCUGGGAAAGAGGGAGGGAGCUCAGUGUAUCGGAUUCUCAGCUUGUUUAGUGUGGACAUGAACAUGCAUGAUGCUAAUUGAGAAUCAACAACACUGAUGCAUUGAUGGGAAUCGACUUAUGCUUUAGUACGAGUCGAUUAUCUAUGUUUACACGCCAGCCAUGGACCUGCAAUAUAUUACUUG